UAUUGGAUUCAAUAGUAUGAAUUUAAUUCAGCAGUUAUUUGAUUCAAGCGUGUAUAUGUUUGAAGGAAUCCAGCACACAGCAAUGUAGAUAAACAAUCCUUUCCCUUAAUUAACCAAAAACUAUGAUGUCACUGAAGGGACUCAUAAUAGUUUUCAUGACAAUUACCCAGUCAUCAGAUGGAAUUCAUAGUGGAAAAGAACCAGGAUGUAUACCACCAGAUGGCUGCCAAUUUCAGAUGUUAGAGGGUGCACCAACUGUGACGUGUAACAACAUUGGACUUGAAACCAUCCCAGCAUGCCUACCAGGAAAUUAUCCCCCGAGACAUUUGUUAAUCAACGAAAAUAAUAUCACCCAAAUCACAUCAAUAAUUUAUGACACUUUGGAGGAAUUAUACCUGGAAAGCAACAAUGCAAUAGUUGUUGUAAGCGAGGCGUUCAGACACCUUUCAAAACUUAAAUUGCUGAGCUUGAAAUACAACCUGAUAAGAGAUAUCCAACGUCACACUUUUAUCGGACUGACCAGCUUAGAGAAACUUUACCUAACAGGUAAUUCUAUGAGAAUUCUACCUGAACAAGCAUUCUACUAUGGUUAUCUGCCAUUAUUAAACAUUCUUGAUUUGUCAAACAAUUCAAUUUCUGAUAUCGGGGAUACCUCAUUCCAAUAUCUGCGAAACCUCUCCAAGCUAAACCUACGCAAUAAUAAUUUAGCCUCAGUGCCUUUAUUUGAAAAUGCGGCUUUAGACUUGGAUGAUCUGAACCUAGGUGACAACAAGAUAGAGCAAGUUCCACACGAUGGAUUUAAAACACUAACCUACUUAAAGAUACUUUCCUUGGAUGGUAAUAUGCUUACUGACUUGCCACAUUCUGCAUUUUGGUCAUUGAAACAUUUAAAUGUCAUACACUUAGAGAACAAUCAAUUGCGUCUUCUAUGGUAUAAUUUAUUCCAUGUUCCCUGGGAAACACUACAAGAGGUAUAUCUUCAUAGCAACAACAUUGAUGUGAUACACCCCCAUCUGUUACCAUGGAGACAGCUGAAAGUGAUAACUUUGGAAAGGAAUCCUUGGGAGUGCACGUGCCAUGCUACAUGGAUGUGGUCUAUUGAAGCUGUGAUUAAUAACAGCACCUCAAUCAUAUGUAAAACUCCUACAGAUGUCCACGGUCAGAACUUCAAGUAUCUAAAUGAAGAGACCCUUCACUGCCCCCAUAGUGCAGUUUCUAUCAUAGGCAUUGUACUGGGAGUGCUGCUAGCGAUAGGUCUUCUAAUAAUUCUGGGAUAUAUCCUGUUCCGCUGCAUCAGGAGGAAACAACCGGCUCAUUCAAUAAUGCCAAAGACAACCACGUCUAUAUAUCGACGUAUGGGUGGAAAACGUGGUAACCAUCGCAAUUCCCAACAACUUCCUGUCAGUAAUCAGACAAUACAAGAUGCCAGCGAUGAUGAAUUGUAAUAUGAUGUAAAUGAACAAUUCGAUUAAAUUGUGAAAGCUUAUAAUGUGAAGCUGGUGCAUGAUUUAAUUCAUCAAAAGCAAAUGAGUUGAAUUUGCUACAUAUUAGUAAUAGUGAUCAAUGAAUUUUAAUGUGAUGUCAGAAAUCAAUUUGAUUAAAUCAAGAACUUUUCAACAGAUAACAAUAAAGUGUCAUAUGAUAUCAACAGGAUUUGGGCUGAUAUUUCAAAAUACUCCAGAGUUGGUAAGUUAAUAUAACUUUGGAUGAUCUUUCCAAU